AUGGUUGCAGUCGAGUCCAAUCAACACGCCAGACGAACAACAAAUGUCACAAUCGCCUUCUUUCGAUUCUUCAACUUUAUCAUCGCAUUUCGCCACGACUUGAGAAUCGAUCAGAAAUUGUUGAGUGUCCCCACUCUCGUACAUUUUGUUCAGAAGCGCCUCUUUGUUCCAUUUGAAUUUGUGGACUUCUUCUAUUUCUUCUCCAAUGUCACUGUCGUACAACUCCAACUCGUCGGAACUCAUUGUGCUAUCUGA